UAGUCAGAUUAAAUUGUUUUUUGACCUAUUCAGAUCCCACCUAAUUUUACUGCUUGGCACACCUCCCAGCGGCGAUAAGGAGUAGCCUCUAUUGGGGCAUGGCCUUGAUUAGGGCCUUAUGCCAUGGAUGAUGGGACGUCACGGCAGUGGGGUUAUCGGGAUGCUGAACCAUGGGUCAUCGGACCAAUUCUGGGGGAGAUUACCGAGCGAAACCGUGUUAUUAAGCCGAGAAUUCAGUUCAGAUUUAAAAGUCGUCGCGCGUGGCUGUGUUUUUUUUAAAUGUGGCGCCAUCGCAUCCUGCAGCAGACAUCCCGCCGGGGAAUCAACACCAAAAAAGGAGGAGGAGGAGGCGGAGGAAAGGAGCCAAGUGGAUCCCUGCCAGCCUCAGCGGAUGUGGUGGUGAUUGGCGGUGGGUCGGCGGGAUGCCACACCCUAUACCACCUGGCACGACGUGGUGUUCGCGCAGUGCUCCUGGAACGUGCCCAACUGACGGCCGGAACCACCUGGCACACGGCCGGAUUAUUGUGGCGCCUGCGACCCAACGAUGUGGACAUACAGCUGCUGGCUAAUUCACGCCGGAUGCUCCAGCAACUGGAGGCGGAAACGGAGUUGGAUCCGGGCUGGAUUCAGAAUGGUGGCAUCUUCAUUGCCCACAAUGAAACGCGACUGGAUGAGUAUCGUAGACUGGCCACCGUGGGCUCAGCUUUGGGCAUUGAAAACCAAGUUUUGAGUCCGGAGGAGACCCAAAAGUUGUUCCCCCUGCUGGAUCCCACUGCCUUUGUGGGCGCACUCUACUCGCCAGGCGAUGGUGUCAUGGAUCCUGCCAUGCUGUGUGCUGCCCUCAAAAAGGCAGCCACCAAUUUGGGUGCCCAGGUGAUCGAGCAGUGUGGCGUGGAUGAUCUGCUGCUGGAGCAGACUGCAAGGGGUAAGAAAGUAGUGGGUGUGGCCACGCCUUUUGGAGAAAUUAGAGCUGAGAAGGUAGUGAAUGCCACUGGGGUGUGGGGAAGAGAUUUGGUGGCCAAGCAUGGCUCCCAUCUGCCCCUGGUGCCCAUGAAGCAUGCCUAUAUUGUGUCCGAGUCCAUUCCGGGCGUUAGGGGCCUGCCCAACAUCCGAGAUCACGACUACUCCACCUACUUCCGCAUCCAAGGAGACGCCAUCUGCAUGGGUGGCUAUGAACCCAAUCCCAUACUCCUGGAACCGGUGCCCAAGGACUUCCAUUUUGGACUCUACGAACUGGACUGGUCGGUAUUCGAAGCCCAUGUGGAGGGCGCCCAAAAGCUGUGUCCCAGCUAUGCCAAAUAUGGCGUUAAGAGCACGGUUUGCGGUCCCGAGUCCUUCACUCCAGAUCACAAGCCACUAAUGGGUCCGGAUCCAGUUCUGGAUGGGCUGUACCACAACUGCGGGUUCAAUUCGGCGGGCAUGAUGUUUGGCGGCGGAUGUGGGGAGCAGACUGCUCUGUGGGUCAUCCAGGGACAGCCGGAGUUGCCCAUGUUCGGCUUCGACCUGAGGCGGUUCACCCAGGAGCAGGGCAAGGCCAUCCAGUGGAUCAGGGAGAAGUCCCACGAGAGCUAUGUGAAGAACUACAGCAUGGUCUUUAAGUACGAUCAGCCCUUGGCUGGGCGAGAUUUCCAGAAGGAUCCCCUGCACGAUGAGAUGAUGCAGGCGGGAGCCGUGAUGGAGGAGAAACAGGGCUGGGAGCGACCUGGUUUCUUCCUGCCCUCCGGUUCCAAGAAGGCUCUGGUGCAGCCGUAUGACUGGUAUGGAAGCUAUGGCCACCAGAGGAACCAGGACAGCGAGUACGAAAGGGUUCUGGACGGAGAUCUUCACUACAGCAGAUUCUCGGAGCACCACGAACUGAUCGGAUCGGAGGCUUUGGCAUGUCGCAAUAACGCCGUGGUCUUCAACAUGAGCUACUUCGCCAAGCUCCUGCUGGAGGGUCCUCAGGCCCAGGAGGCCGCCGACUGGCUCUUCUCCGCCAAUACCAAUCGAGAUCCCAGCAAAACUGUCUACACCUGUGCUCUUAACGAUGCCGGCGGCGUUGAGGCGGACGUGACCAUUUCCCGCCUUGCUUCCGGUUCCGGAAAGAUCUACGAUCCCAAGAUCAAUGGUCAGGGCUUCUAUAUCGUGGCUGGUGGCGCCUCUGCCUUCUACACGUACAGCUCUCUGCAGGCAGAGAUCCGUAGGAAGGGCUUUAACGCCAGCUUAAAAGACCUCACUGCCGAAUUGGGCGUUAUAUCGAUACAAGGACCGAACAGCAGGAAGAUCCUGCAGCCGCUCAUCGACUGCGAUCUGUCCGACGAGCAGGUGCCCCCCAACAGCACGCGCUUGGCCAAGCUCGGAGAUGUGGGUCUGCGCCUCCUUCGCGUCAGCUUCGUGGGAGAACUUGGCUACGAGCUGCAUGUGCCCAAGCAAGAAUGUGUUUCAGUGUAUCGCCAGCUGAUGAAGGCGGGUGCUGGCCAGGAAUUGCGCAACGCUGGCUACCGCUCGCUGUACUCCCUCAGCAGCGAGAAGGGCUACCACUUGUGGAGCUUCGACCUGCGUCCGGAUGACACUCCGCUGGAAGCUGGCUUGGCAUUCACCUGCCGCAAGAAUGGAGCCGACUAUCGUGGCAAGGCGGCCAUCGAAAAACAAAGAUCCGAGGGCGUAAAGAAGCGCCUGGCUUACCUGACUCUCAGGGAUCAGGUGCCCAUCUGGGGAUUGGAGGGCGUCUAUCGGAAUGGAGAGCCCGUGGGCAUUCUGCGACGAGCGGAAUACGCCUAUGCCCUGGGAAAAUCCCUGGGACAGGCUUACAUUUCCCGGCCAGAUGGACAGAUCAUCGAUGCCGAUUACGUGAAGAACGGAGAGUACGAGGUGGACAUUUUGGGCAAAAAAUACCGCGCCGACUGCCACUUGCGCAGCCCAUUCGAUCCCACCGGUCAACGGGUUCUCGGUAACUAUGCAUCCGAGUCCACAGCCAAUAAAUAAAGAUGAUCCUGCCUUUUGUUUCCAAGAA